ACAAAUAGAACCAUUGAGGUUUAUGUGUGCAGCAAAACUGUCUGCAGCGCUCGCGCAGUCUGUCGGAGGCGGAAUAAUAAAAAAUAAUCCCAUUUUAAUCAAAUAAGUUUGUAUUUAUCCGUUCGGCUCGUGUACGCGGAAAUGAGGUGCACCGGCGCUGCAGCCAUGUUGGCAUCAAGCCCGUGAACAAGCCUCUGUGCCUCAAGGCUCCAGGCAUCUCCCGGGCCUCCAUCUGAGCCUUCAUCUUCAUAAUCAUCAUCAUCAACUGCAGCAUGUCCAGCUCAGGCUUCCCCCCCAGCCAGGGGAGCUUCAGCAGCGAGCAGAGUCGCUAUCCGACCCACUCAGUACAGUACACCUUCAGCCCUGCACGCCAUCCGUCGGAGUUCACAGUUCCAGAGUACCGUAAUGCUCACCUGCAGGACCAGCAGCAGCGUCGCCGACCAUCGUUGCUGUCAGAGUUUCACCCUGGAACUGAGAGGCCUCCGGAACGCCGACACGGCUAUGAGCAGUCGUUCCACGCGGUCACAGCCCAGCCGGAGCACGAGGCAGUGGACGCCAAGCGUCCUCGCAUUGAAGGUACCACCGAGGUGCACUUGGCCCGUGCACCGCCCACCAGCAUCGUCCUACCGCUACCCCACCCCAUGCAGGACGGUCUGAGAACACCAGGAGAGAUCAAGAAGGAGACUCAGUUCAGUGUAAAGCUGGAGUCCUCAUCUCCCGGAGGAGGGAUUCAGGCCAUGGGGGAGGAGCAGGACACGUCUCCUUCCAAGCUCUCUAAAGAGGAGCUAAUCCAAAGCAUGGACCGUGUGGACCGCGAGAUUGCCAAGGUUGAGCAACAGAUAUUUAAACUCAAGAAGAAGCAGCAACAACUGGAGGAGGAAGCAGCAAAGCCGGUGGAGCCGGAAAAGCCAGUGUCUCCUCCCCCUGUGGAGCACAAACACCGCAGCAUCGUCCAGAUCAUCUAUGAUGAGAACCGGAAAAAAGCAGAGGAGGCCCACAAAAUCUUCGAAGGACUCGGCCCUAAAGUAGAGCUGCCCCUGUAUAACCAGCCGUCAGAUACUAAAGUGUACCACGACAACAUUAAGACAAAUCAAGUGAUGAGGAAGAAGCUGAUUCUGUUUUUCAAGAGGAGGAACCAUGCACGCAAGCAGAGGGAACAGAAAAUCUGCCAGCGCUACGACCAGCUGAUGGAGGCGUGGGAGAAGAAGGUGGAGCGGAUGGAGAACAACCCACGGCGUAAGGCCAAGGAGAGUCGCACUCGCGAGUACUACGAGCGCCAAUUCCCCGAGAUCCGCAAGCAGCGCGAGCAGCAGGAGCGCUUCCAAAGGGUGGGACAGCGAGGGACAGGGCUGUCCGCCACCAUAGCGAGGAGCGAGCACGAGAUCUCCGAAAUCAUAGACGGUCUCUCUGAACAAGAGAACAACGAGAAGCAAAUGAGGCAGCUAUCAGUCAUCCCUCCCAUGAUGUAUGAUUCGGAGCAGAGGCGCGUGAAGUUCAUCAACAUGAACGGACUCAUGGACGACCCCAUGAAGGUCUACAAGUCUCGGCAGUUCAUGAACGUCUGGACCGAACAUGAGAAGGAGAUUUUUAAGGAGAAGUUUGUGCAGCACCCAAAGAACUUUGGCCUUAUUGCCUCUUAUCUUGAACGAAAGUGUGUCUCAGAUUGUGUACUGUAUUACUACUUGACCAAGAAGAGCCAGAACUUUAAGACACUGGUCCGACGCAACUAUGGCAGCCGACGAAGGAGGAACCAGCAGAUAACACGGCCCUCACAGGAAGACAAGUCCGACGAGAAGAACGAGGAGGACAAGUUGGAGAAAUCAGACAAGAAAGAAGAAGACGAUAAGAAGGACGAGGAGGAGAAAGAUGAAAAAGAGGACUCGAAGGACAUUAGCAAAGACAAAGAGAAGUGUGAGGGAGAGGACGAGGAGGGAAAGGAGCAGAGCACGCCACGCGGCCGCAAGACAGCUAACAGCCAGGGACGGCGUAAGGGUCGAAUCACUACACGCUCCAUGGCCAACGAAGCUGCUAGUACUGCUACGGAUGAAGCACCAGCACCACCACCACCACCACCUCCUCCACCACCAGCACCUGAACCUGUUGUACCAGAGCCCGUCCCUCCUCCCAAACCAGAGCCAGCACCGAAGCCAACACGUGAACUGGCUAAGCUUGCCCCCGUGUCCACCAUGGACAGCCAAGCACGAGGAGCCGUAGAGGCCGGAGAGACGUCACGCUGGACAGAGGAAGAGAUGGAAGUCGCCAAAAAAGGUUUGAGCAGCAUGGCAGAAUCUUGUUCUGAUAGAAGGCUGGUAGAGCACGGCAGGAACUGGUCGGCCAUCGCUAAAAUGGUGGGCACCAAGAGCGAGGCGCAAUGCAAGAACUUUUAUUUCAACUACAAGAGGCGGCACAACCUAGACGACCUGCUCCCUCAACCCAAACAGGCAACCAGACGCUUGCGUGAGCGAGAUGCAUCUCAGUGUGACAGUGUGGCCACCGUUUCAGCCGACGAUGAAGACGAGAACCCAGACGACAGUGAAGGUGCGGAUAACACUUCAGACACGGAGAGUGCACCAUCGCCUUCUCAGUCUGACACGUCCAAGCCUUCUGAGUCACAAGCACCGGAUCAGGAAGCUACUACCACCAAAGUCCCUAACGCAGAUACCAAAGCCCAGGAGCCCUUCAACGAGCUCCAGGUAAAAAUGGAGAAAAGUCCAGAAGGAGCAGCCAUAGUGGACGAAUCCAUGGUUAAGGACGAGGCCCAGCUACACCCUAAGAGCGAACCUCAGGAUACGGAAAUGACAGGAGGAGACCGGGGAGAGGUGCAAGUAAAGACCGAGCCGGAACUGAGGGAGAAGGAGAAGCAGAGCGAGGAGGCACAUUCAGACAACGACUCGAGUGCCACAUGCAGCGCUGAUGAAGACGUUGAGGCAGAGCCAGACAGACAGAGGAUGUUCUCUCUGGAUAAGCCAUCGAUUCUCGGAGGCUCUGGGUCAGUGGUGGUCACCUCAGGCAAGCAGGCUCCGCUCAGUAUGCAGCAGCUCCAGCAGCGUGCUGCCACCAUCCCACCCAUGGUCAGUCCCCCUAGUUACCUCCUUCACUUCCCUAGCAGCUCUGCCGCCCUGGCCAGGCCCAGGGACUGGGAGAGGCUCGGACACAGAGCCUCACCCCGGCCACCCCACCACGUUGCGGGUCCGUUCGGGGCAGCCGGUGUUCCUGUCGGAGCUCCUAUGAGCGGCUUAACCAUGUUCCAGCACCAGAUAAAAGCUGUACAUGAAUCUGCACAUAUGGAGGACAGCCAGAGACAAGAAGCUGGAGAGAUGGACCGUAGGCCACGCUUCAUCACUCCAAGCCCCACUAUCCUCGACCGAGAUGGUAAGCCGUUUCCCUACAUGUCAUACGAUAUAAAGCUGAUGGAACAGGAGGCUCACGCUGCAGGAAGACCAGGUUCACCCUACAGACUGUCUCCCCGAGAGCCAAGCAAAGCAUCGCCCCAACCCGACCCCAACAACCCCGCCCGCUACAGCGUCCCACCAGUCCUGCAGCCUGCUCCUAACCAGGUGGUCCAGAACCUUCCUGAAGGAAUGCGUAUGCCGUUUGCCCGCCACAGGCCCCCCAACAUUCCGUCCCCGCCUCCGCUCAUCCCUACAUCCAAACCCUCGGACAAACCCACCUUCAUCCAGGGAGGAUCCAUUUUGCAGGGAACGCCAGGCACGUAUCUGCCCUCAAACACUCAUGCCAUGUAUGGGCCAGAGGGAGCUAAGAGCGCUGGAGGAUCCAUCUCUCUUGGCCUGCCAAGACAGCAGGACCUUGCCAAACCUGUGUCCUAUAUAAAGCAGGAGGAAUGUUCACCGCGUGGCCAAAGUGCUCAAGCUGAAGGACUGCACUCCAGGGCACAGUAUGAAGGAGUAGUCCGAGGAGGGCCGAUGCAUAACAUCCAGGACCUGACAAGAGGGUCUACAGGAAAAGGCCCUGAUGGGCUUCCACUGAGACCAGGAUCCAUCACACAUGGCACCCCAGCUCUUCCUCAGUCCAGCAUACCGACAGAUCUGCUGAAGAACAAGCUGACUGCUGAGGACCUGAGCAGUCCAGAGAAGGCCCGGGGCGAACCACUGCCUAAAGGCCACGUCAUCUAUGAGGGCAAGAGUGGCCACAUUCUGUCAUAUGAUGCCAUUAAAAACCCCAGAGAAGGUACUAGAAGCCCUAGGACAGGACAUGAGUUGAAACGCACAUAUGAGAUGAUGGACGGUACCAGAGGACAUCCUGGAAGGGAGGCAGCACCUUUCGAGGGUUUGAUUAGUAGGGCACUGCCUAGAGAUGGCUCACAUCCUGACUCCAAGGAGAGGCCUAUACUCCCAGGCUCCAUCAUGCAAGGGACUCCGCGAACCGCUGCAGACGCUUUUGACGAGGCCAAGUAUUGUAAGCAGAUCAAGAGGGAAAGUCCACCGAUUCGCUCCUUUGAAGGUGGAAUCACCAAAGGCAAGCCUUAUGAGAGUGUGAACACUAUUAAAGAGAUGGGACGCUCCAUUCACGAAAUUCCCCGUAAGGAAGUCCCGGAGAGCCGCAAGACCCCCGUCAUGGAGGGAUCCAUUACUCAUGGCAUCCCUCUGAAGUAUGAGAGCAGCGGCCCCAGCCAGUCUGCCAUCAAGCACAAUGUCAAGUCACUUCUUACCAGCCCAGGAAAAAUGGAUGACUCCAAAGUACAAGAGCGCAUUCGACACACAUCAGUCGUCAGCUCUACGUCAGUCCUGCGCUCCACACACCAGGAGGCCAACAAGGCUCAGCUCAGCCCGGGGAUGUACGAGGACGCGAAUGCACGCAGGACACCCAACUACCCCAGCAGCUCCAUCUCCAGAGGAUCACCUCUGCUGCGGGCACAAGAGGGAGGCAUAACUACAGGAAAGCCUGUGUCCCAUGAGAGAAAGAGCACACUGACACCAACCCAGAGAGACAGCGUCCCAGCAAAGUCCCCCGUACCCGGAGGCGAGCCGCUAGCUUCUCAUAGCACUUUCGACCCACAUCAGGUGUACCGUGCCCACCUGCCACCUCAUUUGGACCCCAGCCUUUUUCACCACCCAGCUUACAUGUUCCAGCGGCAGCCGUCCCCCACCGGUUACCCCAGCACCUACCAGUUGUACACCAUGGAGAACACUCGACAGACGAUCCUGAACGACUACAUCACCUCACAGCAAAUGCAGGUCAUCCCACGGGCCGAGGUCGCCAGAGGCCUUUCGCCCAGGGAACAGCAGAUCGCCAUGCCAUACCCUGCUGGAGCCAGAGGUAUAAUUGAUCUAGCCCAGAUGCCUCCCACCAUCCUGUUGCCUCACCCUGGGGGGACAGGUUCCCCUAACUUGGACCGCAUCCCGUACCUCCCUGGACCUCAGCCCCCUUUUCCUAGGGUUUUCAACCCAGCCUCCAUAUCUCCAGGACACCCUGCACAUCUCGCAGCUAGCGUGGAGAGAGAGAGGGAGAGAGGUGAAAGAGAGAGGGAGCGGGAUCGUGAAUACCGAGAACGGGAAAAAGAGAGGGAAAAGGAGCGAGAAAGGGAGCGCGAGCGCAUGGCAGUCGCUAACGAAUAUAUUCGUGGAGCUCCAGAGCGGCCUGGUAGUCGUGGUUUCUUGCGUUCCCCGUCCCCUUCAAUGAGGUCACAGGAAGGUGUCGUCCAGCAGAGGCCCAGCAUCUUCCAGGGCACAAAGAGCGUCAUCACUCCUCUGAUCAGGCAGAUUUCCCCUGCCGCAGCCACUGCACAGACUUCCUCCCGCUACAACACAGCCGCAGAUGCCUUGGCUGCGCUGGUAGAUGCUGCUGCUUCUGCACCGCAGAUGGAUGUAGGGAAGGUCAAAGAGAGUAAACAUGACACCACCGGAGCCCGUGAUGACGAGGUGAUCCCCUCACGUGCCAUGUCACUUCCUCCUGGGAAAGCUCCACUUCCUGUGUAUCCGGAAGGAGGAGGAGGGGCAACAGGUGGCAAAGAUAAACCACCUCCUACAAAGUCUCGCAUAGAGGAAGAGCUGCGUACGCUCGGCAAGACCACCAUCACCGCAGCCAGCUUCAUCGACGUCAUCAUCACCCGUCAGAUUGCGUCAGAAAAAGACUCGCGUGAGAGGGGCUCACAAAGCUUAGACUCCUCAGGAAGUUUGUCAUCGAGCCGUUAUGACGGACAGACCACUGGGGCCAUCGAGGUGAUCAGCCCAGCAAGUUCCCCGGCUCAGAGAGAGGAGAAGAAUGAAAGGUCUUUCUCUUCAGAGAAGAACACUCAGCCAGCUACAGCUACACUGAGAGGAUUUGAUACCGGUCGCUUCAGGCAGCAGUUGGAAUCGGGACCCACGACAGCCCCACCACAACCUACACAAACUCAUCGUGUCAUGACCCUGGCUGACCACAUCUCGCAUAUCAUAACGCAGGACUUUGCCAAGAAUCAGGACCCUCCUCCUUCCUCUAGCUCUUCUUCCUCGUCUUCGUCCAUAUCCUCGACAUUCCAAAACUCCGGCGCAGCAGGCAGCAGCGCUCGGUCCAAAGGGCCUAACCGCUACAGUCCGGAGAACCCUGUUAACCCCACACACCAUCAGAAGCCAGCCAGCCGAGUGUCCCCUGAGAACGCCUCGGAGAAAUCCAGAUCCAGGCCAGGUAAAUCCCCCGAGCGUGCCGGUGGCAGGGCUGUUGAGAGCUAUGAGCCCAUCUCCCCUCCACAAAACUACUCGGGACUAGAGAAACAAGAGAACAACCUGAUGCAAAGCCAGAGGCGUGAACAGGAUCUUGCAGAGCAGAGAACGGACUCGCGCUCCCCAGGCAAUGGCAACUAUCUGCCUGCUUUCUUCACCAAGCUGGAGAGCACCUCCCCCAUGGUGAUGUCCAAGAAACAGGAGAUCUUCCGCAAGUCUGAUGUCGGUAAUACACAGCCAGGCACAGAGAUCUUUAAUUUACCAGCAGUAACAACCUCAAGUAAUGUGAACUUUAGGAACCACUCGUUCAGCGACCCAGCCAGCAACCUUGGUCUCGAGGAUAUAAUCCGUAAAGCUCUGAUGGGGACUGUAGAUGAGCGAUCAGAGGAGCAGACGCAGCAAGCUCAAUCUGUAGCUUUAACUGCAGGAAGUAACUCUGAGGGACGACAGGAGGCCAAUCCGUCUCCCAGCACAGGUAGAUAUUCAGCGAAGCAGAAACUCCAGAGCAAAGCGAGCAGUAGGAAGUCCAAGUCGCCCAACCCAGGCCAGGCGUACACAGGCGGAGAGCGACCAUCCUCUGUGUCCUCUGUACAUUCUGAAGGAGAAUAUCACAGGCAGGCUCCCAGCUGGGCUUGGGAAGACCGGCCCUCAUCUGCAGGUCCAAUGCAGUUCCCUUAUAACCCUUUGACCAUGCGCAUGUUGAGCAGCACACCUCCCACCUCCAUGGCCUGCCCUUCUCCCUCCAUGCAGUCCCAACAACAGCCAGGAGGAGGAGCCAAUGCUCCAGCCCGCGCCUGGGAGAGGGAGCCACCGCUGCUCUCAGAGCAGUACGAAACCCUGUCCGACAGCGACGACUGAGCUGGGCUAUGAACCUUCACCCUUUCGACCUCCCUUCAACCCCCUUCCCCGGUACCUCGGGUCACCGAGAACCGUGUCCCUUUCAGGGCGGCCCAGCUAACACAUGUCCCACUCAGUGCUAACUGUGAGUAGGGAUUGCCUGGGGAGGCACACUUGCUUCUGGUGCUUUUAUUUCCUCUUGUGCUUGUAGAAAGCUUUGCGAGGGAGCCUCGGCCUAAUCGCUCAGGAUAAACCGUGUCCAGAAGCUUUAUUUUGCCUGUUUGUCAAUGAGCAAACACAAAAUGUUGGAAAAACAGAAAAGAGGAUGAAGAACUUGAAAUAUAAAGACAUAAUUGCUUCAAAUUUUAAUUUCUGUAAAGAAAUACUUUGUCUUCAAAUGUAUGUAAAUAGAGUAACCUUUUGCAGAGUGAAUUUUUUUUUUGUUUUUUUUCCAGACUUGUGUUUUAUUAUUACUUUUUAAAUCAGAUCCCUGCUGGUUUAAGAUUAUAUAGAAAGUUCUUGCUCUCAAUGUGAAAAGUGUGGAUUUUCUCCCAAGCCCUCAGUGGCAGGGCGCAGCGUGAACUUGAAGCUGAAGCACCAAGAAGGAGAGCAUUUCAAUCACAUAGCCUGCCUUUGUAGCACUGGAGGCACCAGGGCCACCACAGAUUUUGUAAACAAGCAUUCAACUUGUUACAUGGGUGCAUGAAAAGAAAUAAUAAUGAUAAAAGAAAAGCGUUUGCGUUUUUCAGCCCUGUAGAAAGAUCUCCAUUUUGGUUCCCGUGAACAAGUUAAGAACACUGGUGUCGGAGCCGAAUGUUCCGUCAGUGAACAAUGAAAAAUCAGUUGAAUGUUUUUUCCUCCCCAAAUACAUGUCCUUUUUUUUUUUUUUUUGCUCUGUGGUUAGAGGAAACUCACCACAGUUCUGGUGUCUGCUUCAGAGAGUGGCUCUGUGUGGUUACAGACAAGUGCUUAUGUUCUGCUGUUUUUCUUCUUUGUCUCUCUGCCAGAGAACACCAGAGGAAACUGUUUCACUUUAGAGAGGUUCUUGGUUUAAUUCUCAUGGAGGAGAAAUCAAACUGUGAUCUUCCCUCUUUUAUCUUCUUCACUUUUCCCCCCUCUCUUUUAAACGCUCAAGUACAUGCUGUUCUGUCUACCCGGCGAGAAAGAAAAAGAAUAAAAAACAGGCUUCUGUUUGUCAAACCUCUGCACCACUGUUGCACUUUUUGUUUUCACUUACUAACUUUUGACAAGCGUACUACCUGUAAUCUAAGUUAUUGGAGCUUCUGCAGAGGUCUGGACUCUUCAGCUUCGUUCACAUUUUUGCAAUAAUCCUCGUAUCACAGAAUUAUUUAAAAAAAAAAAAAACUUGCCACAGUUUUUCCGGCUUGUUUCACACAUCUUCGCUCUAGUCUAUGGUACAGUAAGGCUGUUAAAGUUGCUGCUUUGUAGUGGUGGCUUUCACUUCUAAAUCAUCUUGAUGUAACAGACAAUAAGCUCAAUUUCAGUUAUCCGCACAGUUAUAGCUGUAUUUUCUAUGACAAGACCCUAAAAAGUUUCAAUCCGUAGUGCAAUUUGUUUUUCUGUUCUUUCGCUUUGCUCAAGUAACUAAAACCGUGUGUGUGCGCGUGUGUUUUUUUUUUUUAUUAUUAUUAUUUUGUUAUAUUUAAUUAAUUUCACUUAUGAAAUAUGAAAAAAGCCCUAGAGCUCAUGUUGAGAUUUUUUUUCCAUCAUUCGCAACAUCAUUAUUAUUCAUCCUUUUUAACGGGAUGUAACGUGUUUACAAUGGCAUUGACAAAAAAGCAAAAAAAAAAAAAAAACAAAGGUGGUGAAACUUGAAUCUUAAGAAAAAGAAAGUCAGUCAUUGCAUCAGUUAGUCUAUUUUUUUUUUUUUUUUUUUUUAAGUCCAACACCAUGCAGUGGUAACUUUUUUCUUCUUUUGUCCUUUUGGAAUUGAGACUUGAAAUAACCCAUGUAUCCCAUGUUGUUGGAAAGCAAUGUUUGUAUCGCACAAUGUCUCUUAAGUAGCCAAUUACAAAAUUUUCAGACCAAUCAAUAAAGUGGAUUAGCGCUCCACCUUUCUGAAAAUUUA